AUGUUGGUUCCCGAUGGCGUUUGCGGUUAUACCGAGCGUGUAACCACAACUCGAUUUAUUUACAUCUCAGUAGCUGGAUUAGUGGCAGUGUUUGGUUUUUUCUCAAACAUUUUGCUAAUUCUGUUCCAUACCACACCCUCAAAGCCACCAUCGCACUUCCCAGCAUUUCUUGCGCUACUUGAUGCCCUACUGUGUUUCUGCUUCGUAGUUAUUUUCGUCGUCGACGUUAAUAUGAUGUAUCUCGAGUUACCGGGUCUUUUCACAUUCUAUCACCAGUAUAUAGUUAUUGCUUUUUCUACCGCAAAAGUUGUGCAGCUACUCAUUCCGUACAUGCUGAUCAUGGCCACAUUUGAGCGAUAUAAAUGGAUUGUCAAACGAAAAAGUACUGUCAGCGCAAAGGCUCGUCCACUCUCAGCUCUCAUACUCGUGAUAGUAGCAACAGGCAUCCGAAUACCUGCAGCUAUGGCUCUGACUGUCACGCAUUUUCCGGAUUGUCCUGACUUCUUUCGUACCCUGGCAGUGGAUGUGCUUCCCUGGGCAAAGGAAAGCACAAUCUAUGCAGCCUUUGAUAUCUAUGGAAUGGCAUUUCUUCAGACAUUUCUUCCAUUUAUUACUUUAUUCUCGCUUAAUUUCAUCAUUAUACGAAAACUUUGCAUGAUGAGCAGCAAAAUGCGCAGAUCCAGCUUUGCAAUGCUUCCUGGAGUACGACCCUCAAUACUCUCAUCUUUGAGGCGUUACAAAAUGCCUCCAACUGUUCGAAGUGCUGUCUACACCAUGAUGGCAAUCGUGUCAACAUAUCUUGUUUGCAACUCUCUCCAUCUCGUACUAACCCUUCUUGAAGUGGGAAACGCAUCUAUCCUAUUUGAAGAAUUUGAUUCGUUCCAAGCCUCAACGCUGUAUACAACUCUUGGAGACACUGUGAGCAUUCUCUACAUGACAUCGUCAGCCAUUCGAAUACUGAUAUACGCAAUGUGUAAUCCUGCUAUACUAAAGCAGUUGUCGAGUAACGAGUUUCUUGAACGGUUUGGACGUCGGAAACAAUCCUCGGAUGUGAUAUUGUAG